GUCAACACUGCCAUAGUUUUGUUUGCUUAUCUGCACACGAUUAAAUAAAAGUGUAAAGUUAUUUCACGUUGAGUGGGAAGACAUUCAGGAGGCUACCGCUCGAGCCUGCAAGACUCAAACGGACAUGCGCAGUAGGAACGGAAGUAGCGUUUGUGCACUUAAACUCUACCCACCGUGAUACAAAUGUUAAAUACAUUUGCUACCGCACCGAGCUACAGAGAGCGUUGGAAAGCAUAUGUUAGAAGCAUGCAACAACAACCUGGAGAUGGCAGUGACAAUGUUUUUAGAUGGAGGAGUGGUGGCAGAGGAGCCAAGCACCAGUUCUGGAUCUGCAGCAUCGAGCAGCAGAGUCCCACCUUCAGACGAAGUACGAGCACCCAUUCCCCAGAAGCAGGACAUUCUUGUGGAACCAGAGCCACUCUUUGGAGUGCCAAAGCGGAGGAGACCGGCCCGUUCUAUAUUUGACGGCUUCAGAGACUUCCAAACAGAAACAAUCCGCCAAGAACAAGAGCUGCGUAACGGUGGAACAGUGGACAAGAAGCUGAGCACCCUGGCAGACCUUUUUCGUCCUCCCAUUGAGUUGAUGCACAAAGGCAGCUUUGAGACAGCAAAAGAUUGUGGUCAACUGGAGAACAAGUGGCUUAUGAUCAACAUUCAGAACGUACAAGACUUUGCAUGCCAGUGCCUGAACAGAGACGUUUGGAGCAAUGAUGCGGUCAAAACCAUCAUUAGAGAACACUUUAUAUUCUGGCAGGUAUAUCAUGACAGUGAAGAGGGGCAGCGAUACAUUCAGUUCUAUAAACUCAACAAGUUUCCAUACAUUUCCAUUUUAGAUCCACGCACAGGUCAAAAAAUGGUGGAGUGGAACCAGCUGGAUGUGGCAUCCUUCUUGGAGCAGGCCACUGGCUUCUUGGCGGAGCAUGGACAACUGGAUGGUCCAUCCUGCCGAGCACCACCCGCCAAACGGGCUCGCUCUGAGAGCCUGAUCGAUGCCAGCGAAGAUAGCCAGCUGGAGGCCGCCAUCCGAGCCUCUCUACAGGAAACCCACUAUGAGUCCUCACAUGUCCCCGAGGUCCCCGAUUCUCCCAGGUCAGAUGACGACUCGGACGCCGAGCCCUUUUCCGACAGCGAGGGCCCCAUCUCCGUCGACGGCUCGGACAGUGAAUUGCCAGAACUGCAGAAAGAGAAAAGUUCCACCGGCAAACAGCCUUCCUCUGUCGCUUCGGCAGCCCCACAUCGUCUUCAUCCCGAUAGUACGUCUUCUUGCCACAGAAAAUCACCAUUUAAAGAAAACAAUCACAGUCACAAGAAAGAGGAGAGCAAAAAGAACCAUUUAGAGCCCAUGCUCGGUGGGCCCCGUCAGCCGCACCCUGAUGCAUGUUCUGGGCGGAACUUGUGUGCAGUUGAGCCACCGAAGACCUGUGAAGCAGACUGUCCUGAUGACAAUGGUCCCAAGGCCAGAUUGAUGCUCCGAUACCCAGAUGGACAAAGAGAGCAAAUAUCCUUGUCUUCUCAAGCAAAACUUAUGGCGCUGGUAAGACAUGUGCAGUCCAAGGGAUACCCCAAUGAACGCUUUGAACUCGUAACCAACUUCCCCCGGAGGAAGCUUACCCACCUGGACUAUGACAUCACGCUGCAGGAGGCGGGCCUAUGUCCGCAGGAGACUGUAUUUGUGCAGGAGAGGAACUAGCCCUGACGGACACGCUUUCACCAAUGAUGCGGGACGCUUUUGGCUGAUAUAAAGAGGGGCUGGACUGGGUUAGUGGAGGCUAUGAUUGGACUCCUUUCUUCCCAUCAUCCCACAUCGCUUGAGUUUUGACAUCUCUACUGACAUCACUUUGGCCAGUACACUCUAAUGGAUGCCCGCACUCUUAAAUUUCAGUGUAUAUCCUCUUCUGGUUUCGAGGCUCAUCAGGAUAGAAUGACCAUACAAUAGCUCAUAUUCCAAUAAAACCUUAAUUCACGAGGCAGCAGGAACUUUUACCUUACAGAGAGGACACUAAACGUCAGAGUUAUUUUCUAGUCGCUCUCUCUUGUGUCGUUCAAUUUGGAUCCAACCUUACGCUCUCACAUUUUUGAAACAUCAGGAACACAACAAGUCUACGUUUCAGAUAUGUGCGGCAAUUCUAAGAUCACCUUUUUACUCAAGUUUGUAUUGGUCCAUUGCAGACUAAUGGAUUGUUUUUGGAAACCCAACUUUUGAUACAGAACGAUUGAAGGCUGGUGCAUAGCUCAUCAGUUGGACCUUUGCUGUACAGAGAUGGCUUCAAGAAAGACUCAUGUUAUGCUGUUAGACAUUGUUUUUUUCUUUGUCUUUUAUUUUUUAUAUGCUGCCAAGAAAAUAUGCCGAUGAUAAAAUAUAACCACCAAGUGAGCA